AUGAUUGUAGCAGUGGAAUCAUUCAGUAAUCAGACGGAAGCGGCGGAGGAGACGAAGAACCUUAUCAGACACCAAAUGUUGUCCCUCCUUAUGACGCACAAGCCGCGCGAAAUACUCCCAAAGGUCGAACGCGAUGCACUAAGAGAACUCAGGGCCGACAGGGACAUCGUCAUCGUGGCCGCGGACAAGGGACGUUCCACCGUCGUACUGGACAGAACAGACUACCUUCAGAAGGCCACAAACCUACUGGAGGAACGCCAGUAUUAUGUCCUGUGUGAAACCAACCCCGUAAAGACGCUGACACGCGAAAUUAAUGCGACACUGUUGGCACUGGAGAACUUGGGUGCAAUAACACCGACCGACCGACGCAUGGCGAGAGCCCAAGAAACGGCCUUGGCCGGAUUCUAUGGUCUCCCAAGGUACACAAAGAGGACGUUCCUCUCCGGCCGAUUGUAUCGCUCAAGGGCACUCCAACGUACGGACUGGCAAAAUAGCUGUUUCGGCGCCCUAAAUUUCUGACCGCUGAUUCGGACACCACCGCCUGUUCGUUACCACAAUUCCUAGAGAAGCUUAAAGGAGUAGGCCUCUUGCCAAAUGAGGUCAUGGUAUCUUUUGAUGUCACGUCCCUCUUUACUUCUAUCCCCCAGGAUCUGGCAAUCGAAACCGUCGAGCUACUCCUACGAAGCAAAUGCAAAGAAACGGGGAAUCGUCUCGGACAUGCCCAAGUCCUUCAGCUCCUGAAGUUCCGUCUCAGGACGUACUUCACGUUUGACGGAACAAUCUACGAGCAAGUGAAGGGAACACCAAUGGGCUCGCCGAGCUUGGGAUUCAUCGCCGAGGUGGUCCUACAGCAGUUUGAGUCACUAGUCUUCCAACACAACAGACCGAAAUUCUGGGCUCGGUAUGUGGACGAUACCUUCGUCGGCAUCGAGCGGGAUCAGGUCCUUACGUUCAAAGGACGUCUCAACAGCGUCUUUCCGGAUAUACAAGUUACGAUGGAGGAGGAAGAAAAUGACCAGCUGGCAUUCGCUGAUGUCCUCGUCUGCCGCAAAGAUUGGGGUGGCCUAAAGACCAAAGUGUUCAGAAAAGCGACGAACAUGACGCAAAUACUGAUCUUGAACAGUAACCCCCCCAAUCAGCCACAAACGCAGUUGCGUAAGAAUGCUAUAUCGACAUGCUGAGAUGCACUGCAGUGAACCAGAAGACAAUGGUGCCGAAUUCCAAAAUCUUCGACGGGUUUUCAGAAAAAAUGGUUACCCCCGCAACUUCGUCAACCGGUCUAUGCGCAAACGAGAUGAGCGACAAAAUCGGGCCGAGCGAUCCCGUACAUCAAGAACGUCUCCGAGGCCGUUAACCGCCUUCAUGCACCUCUUGGGGUUGGAUUUGCACACAGAACGGAGGCCACCAUGAGGCGUCAGAUAAUGAGACCAAAAGACCUACUGCCACGGCAAGAAAUAUCUGGAGUCGUUUACCGGAUCUGGUGCAGUUGCGGACAAAACAACUACGUCAGAGAAACUGGAAGACUGCUCCGAACGCGAAUUGCCGAGCAAGCGGCAGCGGUACGGAGAAAUGACGCUAACUCUCAGGUCGCGGCCCGUUCGACGAGACCCCGCCACACAUUCAAGUUCGAUGAGGCCGAAAUUCUCGCGAGAGGGGAUAAUCGUGUGAGCCGCGAGUUGCUUGAAUCAUGGUUCACGGGACCUCAGUCUAUCAAGUGCACCGACAAUCCCGCUCCAUAUUCCGUGCGGAGGCAUAGGCUGGCCAAGGUAAUUGACCACUCGGGAGGACGCAAGCCGGCGAGCCAGAUGGCCGAGCAAUCAUCACGCCAGCAUCCAACACGGCUGAUGACAUUUCGGUAAUUAACAACUUGCCUGCCGGCCAGCAAGCAAUUAGCGCACCAGCGGGCAACGAUCGUCGAUUAAGGGGAGUGCGGUUAAUUGCUAUAGAUAUGCGGUAGCAUAGCGACUGCAUGCUAUAAAUACUGCAACUUCCUGUGCACGAGUCACCCUUUUCUGCUACUGCCUCUAAUGAUGGAUUCAGGUGAGAAUCCGAAACGUCAGUCUAAUAGAGCCCUUGUUCUAGCGAUCGCUUCUUCUUCUCUUUCUUCUUCUCCUGAUGGGCACUUAUGUAGGCACCUAGAUAAACAAGCGAAUGGUGGUGGGGCAGACAAGAAUCGAAUCAGAUCAAGAACUCGUCAGACAUGGAGCACGAAAUCGUUUUAAGUAGAUGCCAAAAGUUGUCGUUACAGUCAGGCGAUUUGAUGUUGUCAGAAGAAAUUAUGAAAACAGCGGAAACCUGUGCCAUAGCUGGUCGCAAAAUUCGAUGCGGAAAUCGAAGUGGAGGGCUUUUACUAGGGGCCACGUCACACACCAUAUUACUUAUGUGUUAUCUCGUAAAAUAAUUACGCUCUGCCCGGGUUUGAUCGCGUUAUGGUUAAUGGGACUGCCGAUUUCGGAAACCCCCUCAGUACCAGCAUUGGUAAUAGCUUAUUAGUAUUUACAGCAGCAGCAGCAGCAGCAGCAGCAGCAGCAGCAGCAGCAGCAGCAGCAGCAGCAGCAGCAGCAGCAGCAGCAGCAGCAGCAGCAGCAGCAGCAGCAGCAGCAGCAGCAGCAGCAGCAGCAGCAGCAGCAGCAGCAGCAGCAGCAGCAGAAGAAGAAGAAGAAGAAGAAGAAGAAAGAAAGAAAGAAAGAAAGAAAGAAAGAAGGAAAACAAGUCUUGCUUGCCUAA